UAUAAAAGGACCAAACAUUGUUGCCACUCUCAACAUAUAAUCUCAUACAUACCACACUCUCUAUAAGUGAUUAUCAAACCUAAACUAGCUUAUUGAGAAAUGGCAUCUAGCUCAAUGUCAGCAUCUGGCUCAUGGAGUGUUAAGGAAAAUAAAGCCUUUGAAAGAGCUCUAGCUGUUUAUGACAAAGAUACUCCUGAUCGUUGGUACAAUGUAGCUCAUGCUGUUGGUGGCAAAACUCCUGAGGAAGUUAAGAAACACUAUGAACUUCUUGUUGAGGAUAUUAAACAUAUUGAGUCAGGGAAAGUUCCAUUCCCAAAUUACAAGAAAAUUUCAGCUUCUCAUGAAGAGAAAAGGAUGAGGAACAUGAACCUUCAUUAACCAACAACUGUGAUCAACAACAAAACAGAUUUUCUUUUUCUUUUUUCUUUUUGGUUUUUUCACCAACCAACAACUUUUCAUGUAUCCUAAGGGGUGUUGGUGUAAUAGCAUUAGAGUAUUAGUACUUUAGUAGUACUCAUAAGAAUCAUAUUUUACUAUGAUUCCAUCCUUAAUUUACUUUCUUGUUGUUGAAGCAGUCUGAGAAGAAUCAACAACUGUUUCAGCUCCUCGUUAUUAAUAAAGUUGUAAUUUUGCUUGUUUAAUUAUCAAUAACAUAUAUUAUUUACUAUUUAAA